UCGUCCUAAAGGCCGUUUUUAUUGGAUUAGAUGUAGAUCUAGAAUGGUAGAUUCUAGGUCUAAUCUAGUGUUACACUCUAUAGACCUAAGUAACAUUAAUACGAUAACACGAUUGAACGAUGAUCUAAGCCAGCCAUGGAUUUUAUUAACGAGUCUGCUGCCCAUAGUUCUGCUGCUUGUGUCUGGGUGUUGGGCUCAAGAAGCCAGCAAAGCCGCCCGAGACAUUCUCGGCUCCCUACAAGACGUUGUUGCCAACAUUCAAGACUACAUUGGAGAUAAGAACAAGGGAUGCUUCUUUGAAUGCCCAAAUGGUAAGAAACCCAAGGCUAACCCUGACCACAAACCAUCAUCCAAUGGGUGUGGAGCUUUCGGCAUCCAGUUGGAUGAGCACAUCCAGAUGAAAGAGGUGACCUCCUGCUGUAACAAACACGACAUUUGUUACGACACGUGCAACAAAUCCAAGGACAACUGUGACACCAAGUUCAAGGACUGUCUUCUUGAUGUUUGUAAGAAUAAGAAAAAAUUGUUGACCAAAGAAGUUUACCAAGCCUGUCUUUCAUCCGUGGAUAUGAUGUAUGCUGGCACCGUGGCGCUGGGAUGUAAGCCUUACAGGGAAGCCCAGAGAAAUGCGUGUAUAUGUAAGCCUGUCAAGACGGAAUUAUAACAUGAACUUUUAGAAUGCCUGUGUAUGUAAGUCUGGCAACAAAGUGAUACCAUAAAAAUAUUUGGCAUUAUUUUAUUUAUAUGUA